AUGAAUAUUUCAGGAAGAUUGCCUCAUGUAAUAUCUUUAUUUGAUAUAAGACUUCAAACACCUCUUCCUAAUAUUAUUAUUUUACGUGGGAACGAUACAGAAGCAGAAGGGGUUACAGUAAAUGGAAGUGUUGUAUUCUCGUUAAAUGACUCUAUCUCUGUUGAAUCUAUCAUGUUUCGUUUUUAUGGAGUGAAUAAAGUCAAAUGGACAGAAGUAGUUAUGUCAUCAGCAAGGAUGCCAGUAGAACGUAAUCAGAAGCAAAUGUCUCUUGUUUUUGAGAAAAAAAUAUCAUUUCUUCCAUUUCAUGGAACAAAAACAAUCGGAAAGGGAAACUAUGAAUUUCCGUUUGAAAUCCAUAUUCCAGGAGAUAUUCCAGAGUCUAUCGAGCCUUAUGAACAAGGAGAAUCAAUGGCAUUUCUUAUUUACAAGAUGAAAGUUACGAUAAAAAGGCCCAGGUUUCUUUCGAAUAUCAUUCAUAGAAAACAUGUUCGUAUCAUACGUACUAUGCCACCUUUUUCUUUGAAUUUUAUUCAUACAAUGUAUGUUGAAGAUACAUGGAUAAACAAAAUUGAAUAUAAUAUUAAUAUUCCUACGAAAACCUAUGAACUGGGCACUAUGAUCCCUAUUAAUAUGCGAUUUGUUCCUUUGAUAAAGAAUCUUAAAAUCUCAAAAAUUUCUUGUUCUUUAAGAGAAUAUAUUACUUUAAAAAUUACAUCCGGAUAUCAUGGCAUACCGUCUAAAUAUGAAAUUGCUCGUCAAAUUUCAGCUUCUAAGAUUAAAAACUUACCGGAAAAUGAAAACGAAUGGAAGUUGCAAAAAACUGUAAAUAUACCAAGUUCAUUAUCGUCUUGUAUUCAAAAUUGCGAUGUUAAACAUAUUAAAGUGAGACAUAAAUUAAAAAUUGUAAUUACUCUUAUUAAUCCAGAUGGUCAUAUUUCUGAGCUUCGUGCUUCUUUACCUAUUGUUCUUCUCAUUCCUCCCGCCAUGUUUGUUAGUAAUGAGCAUUAUGCUUAUCCUUCUGCUAUGGAGCUUCAGCUUCCAAGCUAUAAUAGCCAUGUUUAUGACCGUAUUUGGGAUGGCGUUUCUUCUAUUCAUACAAACCAAUCUUUUGCCCAUGAAACAAUAGCACCAUCACAUAUUAUAGACAAUUCAACUAAUUCAACAUAUUCUCAUGAUGUAAACCCUACAAGAUCUUUAUCUAAUGAUUUGGAAGGACAGCAAUAUGUUGAAGAAUUGCAAAAUGCCAUUCAGGAUCAAGAAAAUGAUCAUAAUCAGGCUAAUAAUCAUUCAAGUCAGUAUUUCAUACCUUCCAAUACACCAUAUAUAAUUCUACCUACUGAAUCAACUAAUCAAACAUCGUUACAAGAAUCUGAAAUCUAUCAUAAUUUUUCCAGACCAUUUUCUGUAGGGACCAAUGGUCAUUCUUUUAAUGCAAUUACUGAUACUGGUAUUCAACAAACACAUCAACAAGGAGAAGACAUUUUUUUCAAUGAUUUCUCUCAAGUUCCAUCUUAUUAUACUGCAAAUCACCCUGCUUCUAUCACUGCUACACCCAUUAGUCAAUCUCUUCCUACUUAUGAAGCAUCUGUUUCUCUUCCACAGCAAAAUACCAAUCAAAUAUCAACAAGACAGCCUCAACAAACCCUACGUCAUCGUCUAUUUCCUUUGAAACUUCAUACUAACCGAUUCUUUAAAGUUCUUUUCAUUCGACAUCGAACAUAAGCUCUCUUAUAACUUAUCAAGUCAUAAAAUAUCAUUUAUACAUUGAAUCUAUCUAUAAUUAUGUUUUCUAUAUAUUGCCUACUAAAACCUAUAUAUUAGCUUCUCAACAGAAUUCGAAUAUAU